AUGGCGGCCGCUGCGAACGUCCACGAUAUCAACUGCCUCACGAUCGAGGAGCUGGAAACACACGCCCACAGCAUGAUGGACAAGCAGACCCGCGACUACUACAACGAAGGCGCCGACUCCGGUUCUACCCUCAAAGAGAACACCACAGGCUACCAAAAGUACCGAAUCCGUCCCCGAGUCCUGCGAGAUGUCUCAGCCGUCGAUACCAGCAUCGACAUCUUCGGCCACAGAAACAGCAUGCCCCUCGGCGUCGCCCCCACCGCAAUGCAGCAACUCGCCCACUCCGACGGCGAGGAAGGUACCGCUCGAGCAUGCAAGAAGAUGAACGUAGCCAUGGGUCUUUCCUCCUUCUCCACCAAGACUCUCGAGAAAGUCGCAACAGCUAGCGAAGACAACCCGAACGUUUUGCAACUGUAUCUGUUCGAAGAGAAGGAGCACAGUCGCAAACUGAUCCAACGAGCAAAGAAAGCAGGCUACAAAGCAGUCUUCCUCACCGUCGACACUCCCUUCCUAGGACGUCGAAACCUCGAAAUCCGCAACCAAUUCAAACUCCCCCCUCACCUAAAAAUCGAAAACUUCGCUGAAGACGAUCCCAUGCAACCCGACAACAUUUCAGCAGAAAGCAACAGCAAAUCACGCCCAACUCCAACCCGCAGACCAAGCCAAGCCGGCUACCACGACGGCGAGAAACGCGUCUUACCAACCGGCCCCGUGACCUUCCACACCCACGCCGCAAAUCCCUCCCUAACCUGGGAGGAAGACAUCGACUGGCUAAAGAAACAAUGCCAACCAGAAAUGCAAGUCUGGGUCAAAGGAAUCGCGACAUCCGAAGACGCCAUCCUAGCCGUGCACCACGGCGUAGACGGCAUCGUCGUCUCGAACCACGGCGGGCGACAGCUGAACGGCGCUUUGGCGACCAUUGACGCACUACCCGAGAUUGUCCAGGCCGUGGGUGGCAAGAUUCCGAUUCAUGUGGACGGCGGGAUACGACAUGGCACGGAUGUCUUUAAGGCUUUGGCAUUAGGCGCCGACUUUGUGUGGAUUGGUAGGCCAGUGCUGUGGGGACUGGCGUAUAAGGGUCAGGAGGGUGUUGAGUUGUGUUUGAAGUUGUUUAGUGAUGAGAUUAAGUUGUGCAUGGCGCUUGCUGGGGUGACGAAGGUUAAGGAUAUUAAUAAGGAGUAUCUUGUUAAGAUUGCCAGGAGCGGCUUCGUAUCACGUCUGUGA